GCACACGAGCCUCUCUGCCUUGAACCCUGAUCUGCUCCGGCAGCCUGGAGUUGCUGAACUGCCGAGGCCAUUGGUUUCAGGUCACAUUAGGGAGUCGUUUUAGUAGCAGAUGUAAAGAUUCUCCCCUUUGAGUGGGUAUCACACAAGGUCAGUCAGCAAAUCCUACUCUAAAAAUAGAUGCCAGUUUCAAAGUUGGCAAAGAUUUCCUUUGCCGUCCCUGUCACACUCCGAAGAUCCACGCUACCUACAGCUCCUGGAUAAAGUCACAGGUGCUUAAAUCAGCUGUUUAUUCCACUACCCUCAGAAGAUCGUGGGGUGGUGACCUGGGAGAGGGGAUUUUCUGUGGCAUCCCCUAAGUUGCGGCUCUCCGUCCCCACCUGGCAUCUUCAUUAGACAGCUUUCGGGGAACGCUGAAGACACACCUCUUUUCCCAGGCCCUUGACCCUUGAGAUGUGCAUUUUUAGGACUCACCUUAUUUCUGUGAUUGUUUUUGGAUUUUGUUUCCACCGUCAUUCAUCAAACUCUUCAAUGGCCCUGAAAUCCAGGAAGAUCAGUGCUUACGCAGCUGUGAAAGUGGACCCCAAUGGGGACUACUGCACCCCUGGAGCAUUCGACCUGGAGAGGCUCUUCUGGAAAGGCAGCCCAAAGUACACCCAUGUCAAUGAAGUCUGGCCCAACCUCUACAUAGGAGAUGAGAAAACAGCCCUUGAUCGCUACAGCCUUGAGAAAGCUGGCUUCACCCACAUCCUCAACGCAGCUCAUGGCCGGUGGAACGUAGAUACGGGACCAGAAUACUACAGGGACAUGGACAUUGAGUACCACGGGGUUGAGGCAGAUGAUCUGCCCACCUUCAAUCUUAGCCAGUUCUUUUACUCUGCUGCUGAAUUCAUUGAUAGAGCACUCCGGAAUGAAACAAGCAAGAUUUUGGUCCACUGUGCCAUGGGUCGGAGCCGUUCAGCUGCCUUGGUCUUGGCGUAUCUCAUGAUUUACAAGAACAUGACUGUGGUUGAUGCCAUUGAUCAAGUGCUCAAGCACCGGUGCAUUCUCCCAAACCGUGGCUUCCUGAAACAGCUCAGAGAACUGGACAUAAAGCUGGCCCUGGAGAGGAGCAAAGCCACAAACGGGAUUGAGUGCAACCAAGAGGCCAGCACAGAGACGGAGAUCUAACAUUCCCUAUUUUCUAGAAAAGAAUUAGUUUUUAAAAGAAAUGGGAAACUUGAAAACAAUUAGGUCAAGGGAGUCAUUUGCUACCAAGUAAAGCUGGGGGAGUGGGGGCGGGGAAGAGACUCAGUAGCACUUCAAAUGCCUUAAGCGUAUUUGCAGCUUCAAAAUGCACUAACAUGGUAGGGGGUCUUCAAAGAAACUUGAAUAGGGAACUUGAAAUACACAGAGAAGGCUUCCUUCAUGCUGUU